UUACUAGUCUAACUUUGGGCAUCGAAUGACGUUUGUGGCGAUGUUAUAUUGUUGGCGUACUUUGAGCGAAGUUGCAGUGCGGCCUGCGAUCUGAGUGCAAAUUUCAGUUAGGGAAUGUCGACUUUUAAGUUAAUCAGUUCUGCUUUGCGAUUGCAAACUUUCAUAUGUAAACCGCCUCCCCAACGGAACACAACUGUAAAAAUGGAGAUCCUAUUUCGACGGUUUUCGACUGUUGGGCGUUCAGCUGGACAACGCAAUUCUGAGAAGAAACCCACUAUGACAAUGGCAGAAGUGAAAGAAAAGAUACGAGCUAGUCUUGGUCUGCCUUUGACAUACAGCCUAAAUCCAGUGCCACGUGAUCAUCUAACACAAUACGAACCGACUCCCGAGGAUCUCCCGCCACGCAGUAUGCAGGAUUCGUUUACUUCAGCUAUUAUACCAUUAAGUACUGAUUUGAUGCUUCGUGAUAAAUACACAGCUUUCCUGGGUCGCCUGAGGCUUGGAAGAUUAUUAGAAGACAUGGACCUGUUUGCAUCUUGGGUAUGUCAUCAACAUAUUUAUAUACCGAAAUUAGAUCCCAGUGUGCACCUUCCCUACACAUUUGUCACUAUUCUGGUGGACCGAAUCGACUUCACUCCGAUAUCAUCCAAAGUAGAUCAGGAUGUUCGGAUUUCAGGUCAUAUUAGUUGGGUUGGACGUUCAUCGAUGGAGAUUGUAGUGUGGCUCGAACAAUUUGUCGACGAUGAUUGGAAGAAAAUAACGAGGGCGCUAUUUUUAUUUGCCGCCAGAAACGCCACUAAUACAAAAGCGGCGUGUGUUAACCAACUGAUUCCAGGCAAUGAGGAGGAACGCAAGAUUUUAGAAGGCGGUGAGCAACGUCGGAAGCGACGUAUUCAAUUGCAGGAGCAAUCGUUGUUCAAAGUGGAGCCCAAUGAUGAAGAGCAAAGGCUUAUCCACACAAUUUUCAUGAAAACUAUCCCUGGUGAUAUUCACGCAGUGAAUGAGUCAUACUUGCCUCCCAAUUCUGUAUGGCUUUCCGAUACCAAGCUGUCAAAUCUUAUUUUAACCCACCCCCAAAAUCGCAAUGCUCAUGAUAAAAUUUUUGGCGGUUAUUUGAUGCGCCAGGCAUUGGAAAUGGCAUUUUCUUGUGCCUACAUGUUUUCAAAACUACGACCCACGUUGGAACAUAUAAGCGAUAUUGCUUUCAGGAAACCUGUUCCAGUUUCGUCCUUCAUAAAUAUGGUAGCACAUGUCCUCUACACGGAGAAGAACUACAUGCAAAUCGUUUGCGUUGCAAAUAUUCACGACGCUCUAACAGGCGAGCAGUUUACUACUAAUGAAUUUUACUUUACGUUUUCAGUUGAUAAGCAGUGUCCAGCCAUUGUUCCUAAAACUUAUCAUGAGGCCAUAUGGUUCUUGCAGGGCAAAAGAAAAAUGGAGUAUGCCCGGGGGCAUGCUUGAAUAACUUUACAUUUAUAAUUAGUGGACAUUAGUACUUAAAUGGAUUUAAAUGAAAUAAUUUUAGCUCCUCCUGUCCUUUAAGAAAAAAAUGUUGAAGCAUUUAUCUUAUAUGAUAAUUUUGUUUAUAUGUAUAGGAACAAAUGUAUCGAAUGCUACACUAACAUUUUACUCAUAAUUUGGAUAGUAACAGAAAUACAUUUGGAUAUUGUUACGAUAUUAUAUAUAUGCCAUGCUACAGUGAGAGCUAGACUUCAUCAUUAAUUCAGUAUAAUAGCGUCGCUAUUAUUGGCAAUUAAUUAUAGGCCAAGAUGAAGUCAAAUCCUAACAGAAAUGUAUUUGAAAUGUCAAACAAAUAAAUUUGAAUAAAAUGCAACUUUGAACUGAA